CCUCUCCCCUUACAUACUCGUCAAGAAAGAAAAAAGUUUCCCCGGCUGGCCCCGAAAUUUACAUUCUCCACGACCCUUCAGACAAACAAACAAACACCUUCAGCACUCAACAUGAAGGUCCUUCUCUUUGCCUUCUCCCUUCUCGCUAUGGGCUCUGCCCUGCCCUUCGGUGGCGGAAACCACCCUGGCAUGGCCGGUCACCGCCCCAACGGCACUUCCGGUCACGGCAUGCCUCCGAGCAACAUGCCUCACCCUCCCUUCAUGACGCCCGGAGCCCCGCUCCCUCCCUUCAUGACGCCUGGAGGCUUCGCUAAGCCGACUCCCCUCGCCUUCGGUCCGUCCGUCGGCCUCACGACUCCCGGCGCGCAGCCCACCAACGACGCCAUGGCUAUCUCCUACAUCCGCCGCGAUGGCGAUGACGACGCCUCCGAGCUCGCUUCUUCGAUCGAGACCAUCGCUUCUGGUACCAAGAGCUGCAGUAGCGCUACCCAGUUCGCCAACGAGUGCCGCACCGCGUCUCAGGCCGCACCCCACAUUCUGACUUCCUUCGAGAAAUACAGCAUCACGAACGCUAACGUCAAGGCCGCUGUUCUCUCGCUCAUGCUCUACGAGAGCGGCGAGUUCAAGUACAACUGGGGCCACUUCCUUGCUGGCGGCGUCUCUCACACUCCUGGCAAGGGCACGAGGAACAUGCAGAGCGCGGCCUACAACGAGGAGUACGCCAGGUCCCUCUUCAACGCCAACAAGGUCGACACCGCCAAGAGCGUCGAAGGAGCCGAUGGCGUUCUGAAGUUAGUCAGCGAGGACCAGUACAGCUUCGCCAGUGCGGCGUGGUUCUUGGCGACCCAGUGUGAUGCGAGCGUCAGGCAGGGACUUCAGGAUGGCACUCAGCAAGGCUUCGAGCAGUACGUGAGUGGCUGCAUUGGCGGUACAAUGGACCAGUCCAGGCUGGAUUACUGGAAUGCGGCGAAGUCUGCUCUGUCCGGCUGAGCGAUUUGUUAAACGGUUCGACAAGCCCGCUUAAGCGAUGCGGACAUAGCUUCCCUGUGCUAGAGAGUUUGCUAUUGGUGGAGCUAUUGGUGCGGGUCUAAAGUUGCUUUUCUUUAUGCAUGAAGGGACGAAGCAUGUUUACGAUAACAAUCAAGUUUUCUCUUCUACCUCUCAAUUGGACCAUGUGGCCGGGUG